AUGAAUGCAUCUCGUCAAAAACUGGAAUUACAUUGGAAGCAGGAAAGCCUAAAGGAUGCCGCUCUUGCCAAGUGUGGAAGGAUGUCGAGCUCAAACAUUAUCAUGUUUGAAGAUAUUUUUGUUGUUGACAAACUGGAUCCUGAUGGCAAAAAAUUUGACAAAGUGACUCGCAUUGAAGCACAUAGUCAGAAUUGUGACAUGUUCAUGCACCUUGAUGUGAACACUGAUGUAUAUCCCAUGUAUGUGAAUGACAAAUUCACAAUGGCCUUGGCCCAUACACUGAAUUUGGAUGGUACACCUGACACUGGCUAUUAUACUCAGGCAGGGAGAAAAACUCUUGCUGACAAAUAUGAAUAUGUGAUGCAUGGGAAGCUUUAUCAGAUUCAAGAGGAAGGAUCAAGAAGGGCAACUCGAUCGGAGAUAAUCAUUUCAUUUGGUGGGCUGCUGAUGAUGUUGAAGGGAGAUCCUUCUUAUGUCUCUCAGUUUGAGCUUGAUCAGAAGUUGUUUUGUCUGAUCAGGAAGCUGUGA